AUGAGUGACCAAGUUGUCUUAGAGAAAGCUUUGAAGCCAAAUGAAAAAUGGCGGAUAGUGAAGAAUGUAGGUGCUAUUGGUCUUACAUUCAUGAUGUAUUUUAUAGCCUACAGUGGUGCUGCUAACCUACAAAGUUCGAUCAACGCAGAGGCAGGUUUGGGUACAAUGUCACUGGCAUCAAUAUAUGCCGGUGUUCUAAUCUCAAAUAUAUUCCUAUCUGGAUUUGUUCUAAAAUGGCUCGGUACAAAAUCGGCAAUGUGGUGUUCUCUUAUUAUCUACGUGCCAUUCAUAGCAUCUCAGAUGCACGCCCGAUUCUACACAUUGAUCCCAGCUGCCUUUUUACUGGGUCUAGCAUCUGGUCCGCUUUGGUGUGCUAUGUGUACCUAUCUGUCAGUGGCUGCAGACGCUUAUAGCACAUUAUCCAAAAUAUCUGCAGGAGUGAUCCUACAACGUUUCUUUGGAUUCUUCUACACAUUUUACCAGACGGGUCAAAUUUGGGGCAAUCUAAUUUCGUCAUUAGUGCUUUCGACCAAUAAUAAAGCCUCAAUUACAACAAUAAAUGAUUCCAUGAUUCCCCAACUGUGUGGCGCCAACUUUAUAGUCAAUACGAACGCGUCAAUUGCUCUUCCAACACAACCGCCUGAGAAAAUACUGAUGCUCACAGGCGUCUACCUCGCAUUUAUAUUGGCCUCGGUUUUAGUAGUGGCUCUUGGAUUAGAUUCUAUGAAAAGAUACGAACCUUAUCGUAAGAACACUGGAAAUAGACUUUCCGGGAUAGCACUCUUGGCUGCGUCGAUGAAGCUGUUCACCGAAGUAGACCAAUUGCUGUUUGUCAUCAUUUACAUCUUUCUUGGAAUUCAACAAGCAGACAUGAAGUCUGCUGAUUUUACUGCGAGUUUCGUAUCAUGUGCAAUUGGUACCGGUUCCGUAGGAUACGUCAUGAUGGCAUUUGGAGUGACUGAUGCAAUGGGAUGUGUCUUGACUGGCUACUUGGCUAAAUUGUUCGGCCGUCUGCCGCUGGUCAUCAGCGCACUUAUCACUCAUAUGGGAGUAAUCCUCAUGCUACUACUCUGGCGUCCGCAUGCUGGUGACUACCACGUUAUGGUCAUUAUUGCUGUGGUAUGGGGCCUUUGUGACUCUGUGUGGUUGGCACAAAUGAAUUCAUAUUGUGGUGUCAUAUUUCACGGAAAGGAAGAAGCAGCAUUCCCAAACAUCCGACUGUGUGAAGGAGUUGGUUUUAUGAUCGCAUAUAUGCUUUCGUCAUAUGUAAGGACACGCUAUAAGAUCUACCUGCUUCUCGGUACUUUGAUUGUUGGUAUUUCAGGUUAUUUUAUAUUGGAGUAUAAACAUAGAAGUGCUGAGACAGUAGAACAGAAGAUAAAAGGUGAUAAAAUUGAAAACCGUCAGGAACCAAUGUUCUUAGAGAUUCAGUGUGAUAAAAGUACAGUAUUGUGA